GCUGUGCUCGGUGUAUUUACAUAUGCUGAAGGAGCUUGCUGAUUGAGUAAACUGAGCGGAGCCGGACUGGAAGCUGCGCCCAGUAUAGACCUGUGUGGGAGGUGGUAGGGACUCACUAAUGCAGAUGGGAGUUUCCAGGAAGUCCAGUGGCCAUAUUGGAUCCCAUUGAGAUCUAUGAGCUGGGAUUGCAUCAAUUCACAAGAAAACAGCUAGGGAGAGACUGCCGGCUGACUGAUUUAUUGAGGACGCCACCAUGGCAGCGACUGAUGUGGAGCGGGUUCAUAAUGACGAAAAACGUAGCCUCGCACUGGGCGGCCAUGUGGGUUUCGACAGUCUUCCGGAUCAGCUUGUUAGUAAAUCUGUCACCCAAGGCUUCUGCUUCAACAUCCUCUGCGUGGGUGAAACUGGUAUUGGAAAGUCCACAUUAAUGAACACACUCUUUAACACAACGUUUGAAACAGAAGAAGCCAGCCACUAUGAGAAUGGAGUUCGUUUACGACCACGAACAUAUGAACUUCAGGAAAGCAACGUGCACUUGAAACUGACGAUUGUGGACACUGUGGGCUUUGGGGACCAGAUCAACAAAGACGACAGUUACAGGUCAGUCGUUGACUACAUUGAUACUCAGUUUGAGAAUUAUCUCCAAGAAGAGCUGAAGAUCCGGCGAUCCCUUUUCAACUUCCAUGACUCUAGGAUACAUGUUUGUCUAUACUUCAUCACACCAACUGGGCACUCCCUAAAAUCUUUGGAUUUGGUCACCAUGAAGAAGUUAGAUAGUAAGGUCAAUAUCAUUCCCAUAAUUGCUAAAGCUGACACAAUAUCUAAGAGUGAACUCCACAAGUUCAAAAUCAAGAUUAUGAGUGAGUUGGUCAGCAAUGGCGUCCAGAUUUACCAAUUCCCGACUGAUGAUGAAGCUGUGGCUGAGAUUAACUCUGUAAUGAAUGCCCAUCUCCCAUUUGCUGUAGUCGGGAGCACAGAAGAAGUAAAGGUUGGGAAUAAGCUGGUGAGAGCCAGACAAUACCCGUGGGGUGUUGUUCAAGUUGAAAAUGAGAGUCACUGUGACUUUGUGAAGCUGAGGGAAAUGCUGAUCCGGGUCAAUAUGGAGGAUCUCAGGGAACAAACGCACACACGCCAUUAUGAGUUGUACCGACGCUGCAAACUUGAAGAGAUGGGCUUUAAAGACACUGACCCAGACAACCAGCCCUUUAGUCUUCAGGAGACGUAUGAAGCUAAAAGAAAAGAGUUUCUGGAGGACCUGCAUCGGAAAGAGGAAGAAAUGCGGCAGAUGUUUGUCAACAGAGUGAAGGAGACAGAAUCUGAGCUGAAGGAAAAGGAGAGGGAACUUCAAGAGAAGUUUGCACAUCUGAAGAGGGUACACCAAGAUGAGAACAGAAAGCUGGAGGAGAAGAGGAAGGAGUUGGAGGAGGAGAUGAACUCCUUCAACAGGCGGAAGAUGGCAGUAGAAUCAUUGCAGCCUCAGGCAUACCAAGCAUCUUCUCAGCAGCCUUUAAAGAAGGAUAAAGACAGAAAAAAUUAAGAUGCACAGACUUACAUGACAAGAGUGGACUUGCAGGUUCAUGUCAUUUAGUUGCUUGAAUUGUCACCACAUGCCAUCCUUCUCUCUUAACAUUGUGAGCGGACCAAAGCAUACAGGAAACCUGGAGACUACACAGUUUACAGAUAAUCAGUUCUUUUAAUAAGUGCUACAGGUAUAAUGUGAGACUUGUUCACUCUAGAAGCUUGAAGCUUUCUAACCAUCUAUGCAACAUAAUUAUGUAUAUAUACAGAUCUUAAAGAUGCUGUGUUUUUUAAUAUGUUCAUAGUAUAACAUAUCCAGAACAGCCAUGUUUUAUUACUGUAUCACAUGACCGAUUGCAAUAAUAAUAUUCAUUUCGUAUGGUUAUGCUAUUUUUUUUUUUUUAUCCUUU